AUGAAGGGUGACCCAUAUCCGUUAGGUAGGCGAGGGGUCGAUGAUCAUUUUGAAAGUAAUGAUUGUGAUGAUCUUCCUACAGAAUUGCUUGAUGAUGCUCAAGAAGAGUUUAUUCAUGAUCCUGAAAAAUUUGAUAGCAUGGUUAGAGAUGCAGAUAAGUCGUUAUUUAGUGGCUGUGAAAAACGCCAACUAUCAACUAUGGUGAAAUUUUAUGACAUAAAGGCGGAGAAUGGAGUAAGCGAUAAGUGUUUUAGUCAAUUUCUAUAUGCUAUUAAAGAGAUCCUGCCGAUGGAAAAAUGCUUUCCGGAGUCGACGUAUGAGGUGAAGAAAACUUUAAGUUCGAUAGGGUUGAAGUAUGAGAAGAAUCAUGCAUGUCCAAAUGAUUGCAUUUUGUAUCGUAAAGAGUAUGCCCACAUGGACACUUUUUCGGAAUGUGGUUUACCACGGCGAGUGAAAGACGGUAAACUCUGGCAUCCUGCUGAUUCACAGGCUUGGAAAAAAGUAAAUUAUUUGAAUCCAGACUUCGCAGCUGAACCAAGACAUCUACGACUUGGUCUAUCAGCUGAUGGAGUAAAUCCACAUAGAUCUCUUAGCAGCCGACAUAGUUCAUGGCCUAUGUUCCUUGUUAUGUACAACCUUCCUCCUUGGUUGGUGAUGAAAAGGAAAUUUACGAUGCUAUCGCUAAUGAUUUCAGGGCCUAAACAGUCGGGACACGAUAUCGAUGUUAAUUUGGCACCGUUAGUUGAUGACUUGAAAGAGUUGAACGAAGAUGGUGUUGAUGCAUACGAUGGUUUUAAGAAAGAAUUUUUUAAGUUGAAGGUUGUGCUGUUGUGGACUGUUAGUGAUUUCCCUGCGUAUAGUAAUCUAUCAGGGUUGAGCACAAAAGGCUAUGAAGAACGAGAAGUUGCACCUUUGCCACUUUCAGGGCGAAAAAUUCUUGAAGAAGUUGAGAAAAUAGAUUUCAAGUAUGGAAAGGAAAAGAAUGUGUGUGAAAGCAUUGUCAGUACGUUACUUGACAUCCCUGGUAAAAGUAAAGAUGGUUUGUCUAGUCGUUUAGACCUUGUUGAGUUGGGUAUAAGACACAAUUUAGCACCUGUGGAUAAAGGCAAACGUACAUAUUUACCUCCUGCAGCUUUCACAUUGUCUAAAGAAGAGAAACAAGCCGUGUGCAACUCAUUUGCAAAGAUGAAAGUGCCUGAUGGGUAUUCAUCUAACGUUCGAAACUUAGUGUGUAUGGAAGAAUUAAAGUUAAUGGGUAUGAAGUUGCAUGAUUGUCGAAUAUUAAUGCAACAAUUACUUCCAAUUUCCAUUCGAUCAGUCCUACCUAAAAAAGUUCGAGAAACUUUGACAAAGGUUUGCAUAUUCUUUAAUCAAUUGCGUGGGAAAGAAUUAGAAAUGAAGAAAUUGGAUUCAUUGCAUGAUGACAUAGUUCAAACUCUAUGCAAUCUUGAAAAAUAUUUCCCUCCAUCAUUCUUUGACAUCAUGAUACAUUUGAUGGUCCAUCUAGUAAGAGAAGCAAAGUUGUGUGGGCUAGUUUGGGCGAGAUGGAUGUAUCCAUUUGAAAUAAAUAUGAAGGUAUUGAAAGGUAACGUGCGUAAUCACAAUCGGCCUAAAGCUUGUAUGGUUGAGUGUUAUAUAUCAGAAGAGGCAGUGGAAUUUCGCACGGAGUACAUAGCAGGAGUUGAUGCAAUCAGACUUAGCAAGCCACGAAAUCAUUUAAAUGGGGUUGAUAGAGGAUUACGAGGGAAAGGAUCAAUGGUGACUGUAUCUAGAUUGGAAUUGGAUCAAGCUCAUUUGCCUGUGCUUGAGAAUAAUCCUGAAGUCCAACCAUAUAUAACGUAA